CACGUUUCUGGGUUCAACUCAUCUCUUCAUCUCACAUCCCUUCAUUCUCACCACGGCGAGCUGGCUCGGCCACGACCUUCUUCCACGUCUAUCUCCCCGUCAAGCAUUUCCCAGUUCACGCGCGCAACUAUCCUCUCAUCGACGACCAGAUCACUCUCGCCUCCUGCUGCCUCCACUCCCUUCAUCCAUUCCCCUCGUUCCAUCCUCUCCUCGCCCAACAUGUCUUUGAAGACGGCGCCCUUCAAGUUUGGGUCGUUCGACUGGGUCUGCGAGCGCGCAUCGCUCAUCGUCUGCCCCAUGUUGGGUGAGACUGGCAUCGAGCCCACUUGCUAUGCUCGCAAUGUGCAGCUCGGACGCCAGAUCAUCUUCCAGCCAGCGACAUGCUUUGUCCACAUUGCCGCGCUGGGCAUGACGCUCAUUAUGCUCUUCCACAUUCGAUCCAAGUACACGGCGGUAGGCCGCAAGGAGAUCGUCCUCUUCUUCUACAUUUACAUGUUCGUUGAGCUCUUGGCCAUCUUCCUCGACUCGACCGUCAUUCCCACUCACCAUGUUGUUUACCCUUGGUUCGCAGCAGUAUACGCCGGUGCUGUUGGGGCUCUUUACUGGUGCAUCCUCGUUAAUGGGUUUGUCGGCUUCCAGCUGUAUGAGGACGGCACGCCUAUGAGCCUUUGGUCGCUGCGCCUGAGCUGCCUGGGCGUGGGCGGCAUCUGCUUCGUUAUUGCUGCCGGCACGUUCCAGAAGUGGGGUUCGCUCAACUAUAACAAUCCGAUCGGUCUCUUCAUCACCUAUCUUGUCUACCCCUUGAUCGCGGCAGUCGUCUACAUCGUUUCUCAACUGAUUUUGGUGGUGCGAACUCUCGACGAUCGUUGGGUCAUCGGUGACAUUAUCUUCGGCGUGGCGUUUUACGUCAUUGGCUGUGUCUUGCUCGUCGCGUUCAGCAUUACCAUCUGUGAUGCCGUCUCCCACUACAUCGAUGGCGUUUUCUUCUUCCAGCUUUGCAUGCUGUUCACUGUGAUGAUGAUCUACAAGUACUGGGACUCCAUUACCAAAGAGGACCUCGAGUUCUCCGUUGGCUCGAAGGUCGCGGUCUGGGAGGUCAAGGACCCUCUGCUUGCACCCAACCCAGAGUACAUGGAGGAUGAUGGCCAGUCGGCCUAUGGCGGCGCCGGCGGUUCGCUCGUUGGCGGCUAUGGCGGCAAUGCCAUGUACGGCAACUACAACCAGGGUUACUCAAAGUCCCCGUCUUACGACCAGUUCAAUGGCGGCCACAACUCGCACUACUAGACAAGAUCUGACUCACGAUCUCCCCUG